AUGAACAAUUUGGAAACCAUGGAAAAGCUGUUUAAAAAGAAUGUUAACAUAAAUGCUGUAGAUACUCUAAAGCGCACCGCAUUCCAUUUUGCUGUUGCAAGAAGUCAUAUGUCAGUGGUGGAUUUUCUUCUCCAUCACAAAGCUAGAGUUGAUAUGGCGGAUCAGCAUGGCCUGACUGUGAUUCAUCUUGCAGCUUGGACUGGAAAUCUGGAUAUAAUGCGAAAAUUAGUUAAAGCAGGUGCUGAUCAAAAGGCUAAGAAUGAGGAAGGAAUGAAUGUACUGCACUUUGCAGCUCAGAACAACAGCGUUAAAAUAGUUGAUUAUUUUAUCCAAGAUCUUCAUCUGAAUGACUUAAACAAGCCUGAUGGGAAAGGUAAAAAGCCAUUUCUUCUGGCAUCUGAAAAAGGCCAUGUUGACAUGAUAAACAAUUUGAUUACUCUGAAGAUGUUUACAUCUGAAAAAGAUAAGGAGGGAAAUACGGCAUUGCAUCUAGCAGCCAAAAAUGGUCACAGUGAAGUUGUGGAAAUUCUGCUCAAACAGUGGGAGGAAAUAAAUGACCUCAAUCAGAACGGAGAAACUCCAUUUUACUUGUCUGUUGAAGGAGGUCAUGAAAAAUGUGCUGAAGUCCUACUGGAAGCAGGGAGUGACAUCAAUGUUUUAACUCAAAACAAUAACAGUGCUUUGCAGAUUGCAGUUCAGAAUGGACAUCUAUCCUUGGUUACUUUUCUUAUUGAUAAGAAUAUUGACCUGGUUCCUAAACCCGAGCAGAAGAAUUCACCUCUCCAUUUAGCAGUCAUCAAUAGUCAUCUACCAGUAGUAAAAAGCCUCUUGGAUGCCAAUCAUGAUAUAAACUCCUUAAAUCACAGGCAGGAAACCCCUCUACAUCUGGCAGCUGAUCUUGGCAAUGUGGAGCUGGUGGAAGUGCUGCUGAAGGCAGGCUGUGAUCUCAAGACCGUGGAUAAGCAUGGAAAAACUGCACUAGCUGUGGCAUCAAGGAGCAAUCACGCCCUCAUUGUAGAUAUGAUCAUUAAAGCAGAAAGGUAUUAUGCCACAAAACAGGAACAUCUAGCUCAUAGUGAUGAUGGGUCAGACUUCGGCUUAUCCUUCAAACAAGAUCAUAGCACACAGACCAAGCAAAUCCGUUCCUCCCUUUGGAAUCUAGCAUACAACCAGUUAAAGCCCCAGGAAUGGAAAAAACUGGCCCUGUUCUGGAAGUUCACGGAUGAACAAAUUAAAGCUAUUGAAGAACAAUGGACAGGGCUAAAAAGUUAUAAGGAACAUGGAAACAGAAUGUUGCUCAUAUGGUUACAUGGUAUAUUGCUGGCUCAUCAGAAUCCUGUCAAGCGUAUAUAUGAAGACCUGAUGGAAGCAGGAUUUCAACCUGUAGCUGAGAAGAUCAGAGCUGCAAGUAGCACUGACGUGGACUCCAGAAAAUGUGCAAUUUCGUGACUUCAUGAAUAAACCAUGGCAUAU